CUUCACGCGCACAAUUAAACAUGUUAAAAGUGUAGUAUAAUAUAACGGCCUCUAACGAUAGAGUCGAAUACUAGCUUCAAUUUUAUAAGCGUAACCAAUUAAGUUACCUCAAAUCAUAGGUGAUAAGAAGAUAAUGGAUUAGAAAUUUGUCACUUCACACACAUGAGUAAAUUUUAUUCGAAAAUGUAAUAUAUGGCAAAAUGGCUGCUGAUGAAGAUACUUCCUACACUAUAUUACCAAUUGAAGAAAGAUGCAUUCAUAAAUUGUGGAAAGCUAGAAUAAGUGGUUACGAAGAAGCUAUCAAAGUUUUUGGCCAGCUAGAUGAGAAAUCUCUAGAAUGGAAUAAAUUUACAGGAAUUAUAAGAAAAAUUGUAGUUGACAGUAAUGCUGUUGCUCAAGAAAAAGGUCUUGAAGCAACAUUAGUUUUUGUAGAAAAUUCUGGAACUGCUGGACGAACUGUUGGAGAUGUUAUGACAGGACUAAUAACUAAAUGUUUUGGUGCUCCAAGAUCUAAAACCAAAGACAUUGCAAUACAAAUAACUCUUAUGUAUAUAGAAAUUGAGAAACAAGAUAUUGUAAUUGAAGAACUUAUCAAAGGAUUGGUUCAUAAAUUUCCUAAAAUUGUUUCAACUUGUAUCAAAGCUAUUACUCUUGCUAUCAAGGAAUUUGGAAUCAAAAUACUUAAUAUUAAACCAUUGCUAAAAAAAUUACAGUCAUUGUUAGAAGACCGUGAUAAAAGUAUAAGAGAUGAAGCAAAACUAUUGGCUAUUGAAUUAUACUUAUGGAUUGGACCUAUUCCUAUUAGAACAAAUUUGGCUAAUCUUAAACCUGUUCAAAUACAAGAGUUAGAGGCAGAAUUUGAAAAAAUUAAUAAUGAAAAACCUCAUCCAACCCGAUAUUUACGCUCUCAACAAGAACAAGUAGCCAAAAUGGAAAAACCUAUGGAUUCUACUGGAGAAGUCGUUAUUGAAGUAACUAAUGAUGAAGUUGAUGAUUCUGAAGAACAUCUUGAUCCUGUAAAUAUACUUUGCCAACUAAAUAAAGAUUUUUAUGAAAAAAUUGAAGCAAAAAAAUGGCAAGAGCGUAAAGAAGCAAUUGACUUGCUUGAAGAAAUAUUAUCAAAAUCUCCUAAAUUAGAAAAUGGAGAAUAUGGUGAUUUAGUUAGAGCGUUAAAAAAAAUUAUAACCAAGGAUAGUAAUGUAAUAAUAGUUGGAAUAGCUUCUAAAUGUAUGGCUAUGUUAGCAAUUGGUUUAAAAAAACGAUUUGAAACCUAUGCUUCUGCUUGUUUACCAGCAUUACUUGAAAAAUUUAAGGAAAAAAAGCAAAAUGUAGUUCUACCAUUGAGAGAUGCUGUAGAUGCCAUUUAUUUGAGUAUGACUUUAGAGUCCAUACAUGAAGAUAUUUUAACAGCAAUAGAAAAUAAAAAUCCAUCUGUUAAAGCUGAGUCCGUUGCAUUUUUGGCUCGUUGUUUCACUAAGUGUACUCCAAAUAUUUUGAAUAAAAAGUACUUGAAAAUUUUCUCAUCAGCAUUGAUAAAAACAUUAAAUGAAUCAGAUCCAACUGUAAGAGAUAAUUCUGCUGAAGCAUUAGGAACUGCAUGGAAAGUUGUUUCUGAAAAAAAUAUUCUUCCAUUCUUAACUGGAGUUGAUGCCAUCAAACUAGCCAAAAUUAAAGAAGCUUCAGAAAAAGCUGUUAUUAUAGCCAAGCCAGUUUUUAUUAAAGAAUCUGUAAAACCACUUCCUGUAUCUUCUAAAAUAAUUGAAAAAAAGUCUGCAGUUGUAACUGCAAAAAAUCCAGUUGUUAAAAAAUCUCGUGCGGUUGUAAGUGGCUCUAGUAAAUCUGCUAUCUCAACUGUUACUAAAACAAAUAAACCAAUGAGUGGCCCAGGUGACCGCAAAGGUGCACCAGUAAAAACAACACUAACAGUAGAAACUGAAAGAGAAAUAGGAGAUGAUGAAUUGGAACAAUUGUCAUCACAUAUAUGCUCUUCAGAAAUUAUAAAUGGUAUGACCGAUGCAAACUGGAAAACACGUUUAUCCAAUGUUCAAGAAUUUAUUCAAAUUGUAGAACAAACAGACACGUUGACAGUUAGUAGUCAAGUUCUUAUAAAAUUACUGAAUAAAAAACCCGGAAUAAAAGAUAAUAAUAUCCAAAUUCAAAAAUUAAGAUUGGAAUGUUUAAAAAAAAUUAUUGAAAAGUUUCCAAUUACUAGUACUAGCAUGGAAUGUUGUUUGCAAGAAGUUUCUUCAUUAUUAGGUGAUACAAAAAAUGGUUAUUUAGCAGGUCAAGUUUUGACUUCUAUGGCUGAAGCAUCUAGAUUAGAUUUUAUUUCUAAUGCAGUAUUAGAGUAUGCUUUUACUGUUCAAAAAAAUCCUAAAGUACAAAUUGAUGCCCUUAAUUGGUUAUCUGGUGCUAUCUUAGAAUUUGGGUUUAUUAUAGAACCUAAAUCUGUCAUGCAAAAUCUUAAAAAGGCUGUUGGUGCAUCAAAUCCACAAGUUCGAUUGGCUGUUAUUUCUCUUUUAGGUGUUAUGUAUUUAUAUAUGGGUCCUCAAUUAAGUCUUUUUUUUGAAAAUGAAAAACCUACUUUAGUACAACAAAUAAAUGCAGAAUUUGAAAAACAUCAAGGUGAGGUUCCUCCUAAACCAUAUCGAGGGAAAAAAAUAGAAGGAUCAACAGAAUCUCUUGAUGUUGGAAAUGAUGAUGAGAAACCUGUAUACGAAAUCAAUUUACGUGACAUUGUACCUAGAGUACAUAUAACAUCACAAAUAACCGAUUCAUUAAUCAGUGAAUUAUCAGACAAAGAUUGGAAGGUUCGUUUAGAUGCUUUGAAUAAACUUCAGACUAUAGUUAUUGAAGCUAGAUUUAUUACAAGUGAUUUAGGUGAAGCAAGAAAAACAUUACAAGAUAGAAUAACCGAUUCAAAUGCUCGUCUUGCCUCCAAUGCUAUAAAUUUGGUUGAAAUAAUUGCUAAAGCAAUGGGGUCGUCUUUUAAAAAUUAUAUUAAAGGAUAUUUACCAGGUAUACUGACUGCUUUAGGGGAUCCAAAAACUUUUAAAUGCCAAAGUGCAAAACAAUGUAUGAACACUGUGGCAGAUAUUUGUGGAUAUCGAGAAUUUUUUGGUGGAGACAUUCUUUUAGAUGCUUUGAAAAAUAACUCUGUUACGUUACGCUCAGAAUUAUUAACAUGGCUCGGAGAAAAAUUACCAAUAAUUCCUUCUAAAACAAUUCCUGCUGAUGAGCUAAAGGUUUUAUUAUUACCUUUGUAUAUAAGUUUAGAGGAUAGAAAUGCCAGUGUUCGAAAUGCUUCUGAAAAAGCUGUUAUUGGAUUUAUGAUGCAUUUAGGUUAUACUACUAUGUUUGGUGCUUGUGAUAAGUUAAAACCUAUGUCAGUAAAAUUUGUUAGAGAAAAGUUAGAUAAAGAAAGGCCAAAUUUACCUCUAACACCAAUUGAGAAACCAAAAGUUAUUAAAUCAAGUAUUUCAAAUGGACCUCCAGUGAAAUCUGGGGGAUCUAAAAUUCCACCUCCAAAAGCAGCUACUAAAGUUAACAAAGAAAAUAUUAUUCCUACUCGUGUAAAUACUGCUACAAACAGAAAAAAAGAAGAAGUUGAUAAUGGACCAUUAUUUCUUCAAAACAAUUUGAAACACCAGCGAGAUAUUGAUGAACAUAAAUUAAAGUCUUUAAAAUGGAACUUCACUGCACCACGUGAAGAAUUUGUAGAACAACUUCGUGAUCAAAUGAUAACUGCUGGUAUUAAUAAAGUGUUAAUUACAAAUAUGUUUCAUUCAGAUUUCAGAUACCAUUUAAAAGCUAUUGAAGUUCUUACUGAGGAUUUAACAACAACUGAUGACAAUAAUCAGGCCUUGAUGAAUAAUCUUGAUCUAAUUCUUAAAUGGAUGACACUAAGAUUUUUCGAUACAAAUCCAUCUGUACUUUUAAAAGGUCUUGAUUAUUUACAAAAUACAUUUGUGAUAUUAAUGUCUCAUAAGUACACUCUUCAUGACACAGAAGCUUCAAGUUUUGUACCAUAUCUAGUAACUAAAUUAGGAGAUUCUAAAGAUUCUGUGAGGGAAAAAGUUAGAGCAAUUCUAAAACAAAUAACUUUUAUUUAUCCUAACACAAAAAUGUUUCAAUAUAUUAUGGAUGGUGUAAAAUCAAAGAAUUCAAGACAACGCUCUGAAUGCUUGGAACAUUUAGCAUCAUUGAUUGAAGAUUAUGGGACCUCUAUUUGUCAACCUAGUGUUGCAGUUGCUUGUAAAGAAAUAGCUAAAAGUAUUGGUGAUCGUGACAAUGCUGUUCGUACAGCUGCUCUAAAUUUCUUUGUUGCAGCUUUCUUUUUACAUGGGGAUGCUUUAUUCAAAUUUGUUGGCAAUAUAUCUGAAAAAGACAUGGGUCUACUAAGAGAACGUCUUAAAAGGGCUUCUAAAAAUAGAGUUGUUCCUGUAGCUACUGUUCAACCAACAAUUAAACAAGUUGCACCGCCUAUUCAACAAAUACCACAAACAAAUGAGAAUGUAGAUGAUGACUAUAUUUCUGCUGAUGAAGAACGUAAUACUACAUUUAAUGUCUCUCUUGAAUCGAACCAUAAUCAAAAUCCUCUCAGAUAUUCUAAUAACUCUCCUUUGAAGUCAGAAAAUAGUGUUUCAUACAGAUCUGGAAAUGUAGCUACAGCGGACAACACUUCAUCACUACAAAUGAAAUUAAGUAAUGAAACAAUUUACAAAGUCUCAACUGCAGCUGCUUCAAAACCACUUAAUUUUUACGAAGACACAACAAUUCUCCUUAAUUACAAUAAAUCCCAUAAAAGUUCUCUUUCUCCUGAGUCAAAUUCCAAUAUAAUAAAAUCCAAAUCUCCUGAAAUACAUCAUAGCAUUUCUAACAUAAGUCUAAUUGCUAAUGCUGAUAUGAUUAGUCCAAUUGUUAAAGAAACUCAAAUGCAUGAAACUGCAUGUGGAAUUAAUUUUGCUUCACCUUUACUUGAGCAUUCUAAUGGCUCGUUUCAGCAUUACAAAAGUCGUCGCAACAGCAUAGCGUAUGUUGUUCCAAUUUCAGAACAACCCCAAAAGGGUUCAGAAAAUCCUCCAAUAACUCGUUAUGCUUUGGAUGAAAAGUUCCUUCAAGAAUUAGAAGCAGAAGAAAUUACUAAACCAAAAUUAAAAUUGAAACCUUAUAAUUGGAAUUCAAAUCCCAAUGAAGACUUUUAUAAAAGAACACUUAAUACUCAAUCUCAAAUUUCUGAUAAGUCGCCAACCAAACCUUCUGUAAAUGUUAGUCCUUACAGUACUGCUACAAUUACUAAAAGUCCAAAAUUAACAAUUUUACCAUCAAAUGAUCCUAUUCAAAAUCUUAUUCAACAAGCUUCAUCAUCUAAUAUAGAAUAUGCUAAAAGUGCUAUGCAAAAUCUUGAUAAAUUAAUUUUAAUAUCUGACACUAGAUCACAAUUUUUAGAAGGUGGAAAGGUGCUAUCCCUUUUUUAUGCCAUUAUCAAACAAUUUGAUAAUCUUUCUGAAUCCCAUGAUAUGGAUGUUACUGUUGGAUAUAGAAAUUUAUUUAACUUGUGUCUAAAUUUGUAUAAAUACCAAGAGUUUACCUUAAUUUUGAAUGAACAAAUAGUGCGAGAUUUACUUUCAAAAUUGCUAUAUCUUUUGAGCACUAAAAGCUCAGAAAAUAAUGCAGAUACUCACCUUUUUGGAAAAUGUGUGAAUAGUCUCAUUAUGAGUGUUUUGGAAAAAUCAGCUCAUACUCCUGUUACUUGUGCAUUGAUGGAAAUGUUGUAUGACAUUGUUAAAUUUUCUCAAAAUUCAACUUCUCAUUAUAAAGAAUUAGUAAUGAAAUGUAUAUGGAAAAUAGUUAAAGAUUUCCAAGAGUGGGGAGAUGAAUUAAGUUAUGAUAGAGUUUUAACUCAUAUUCACAAAUUCCUUAAGGAAUUUGAUUCUAAAUAUUGGAAAAAACAACAAUCUGAUACACCAUUAAGGACUUGUAAAACUGUUCUUCACACAAUGGUUAAAACUCAUAGUGAUAAGGUUCUUAAAUGUUUACAAAGUCCAGAAUUUCCUAAAGAAUCUGAAAUGGUUAUAUAUAUUCAUAAACUUUUAAGGCACUUAAACAAUGAACCUAAACCAGAAAGUAGUAAACGUAGACAACAAACACCACAUGAAGAACUCACAGAAAUAUUUCAUAUUAUUGGGCAACCUGAAAAUACUGACGAAGGCAUUCAAAAGUUGCAUAGAUUUAAAAUAAAACACCCUAACGUUGAUAUUGACCCAUACAUUUCUAAAACUACUAAAUAUUUCCAAGAUUACAUUCAUCGCAAAUUAUCUGCUAUUGAGGAUAAUUUAAAAAGUUGUUUAGUUGAACCAAAUGGUAAUAAUGAUAGAUCAAUUCCUAUAACUUCUACUCCAAUGCGUAAGGCUGAUCCAAGUGUAUCCACUGAAGCUGAUAGAUUUAUGAAGCGGUUACAAAUAUUAAAAAUGAAAGCUGUUGUUAGAGAUGGACGGUGUGAAACUGCAAAUUUAGAAUGUAAUGGAAAUAAUAGAUCAGGAAAUAAUUUUCACAAUGAUGAUCUUCAUAUGCACAACAUAAGUCGUUCACCAUGUAAAUAAAUCAAAAUUUCAUGCAUACAAUUGUAGUAUUAAUUUUCCAAGCAAUUUUUUUUAAGUAACAUAGUUCUUAAAAACGCUUUACUCCUACUAAGACUGAAAUCUAUUAUUAAAAUUAAUCUUGAAUGUAUUAUUACUAUUUUUUAUUUGUAUUAUUAUUAUUAUUUUUUACAUGUCCAUUAAAUUAAUCAAAUAAAUAUUUCAGAUAAAAUUUGUUAUUAAAUUUUAUGAAGAUUAUAUGCUUGCUGCAUUAUUUAAUUUAUACAUAAUAACUUAUUAAAUUUUAUUAUAAGCGUUUU